UCUGCUCCCUCCCUCCCGUUCACUUCCCCCAGCCCCCCAACCCAACCAUGACCCAUACCUCUCCACCCCCACCCUCUCCAGCACGGAGCCCUGAUCCGGAUGACAAACUUCACACUGUUUCUGCUUCAUCGGCCGAUUUCGGGUGCACGAAUAGCUCUCUCGAUUGGAAACGUGUAUCGAUAAAAUGGACAUCUUUUGCCUGUGCCACUGUGAACUGCCUAUGCGCCGGGAGCAUACUACUGUUCUCCCUCUGGGCUCCUGUGUUCCAGCAGAAACUCGGGUAUUCGCAGAUGCAAGUGAACGCUAUUUCUAUCGCCGGCGAACUCGGGAUGUAUCUACCUGUACCCGUUUUCGGCUAUAUUUGUGAUGCCUACGGGCCCGCUAAACUCAGCUUGCUCUCUGCUACCUUUUUCGGCCCAGCUUAUCUUCUCGCAUCGCAUACCUUCGCGAAUCAACUGCCGUACCCGGUUAUGGUAUUGGCAUUUGUGUUUGUCGGCAUGGGCACAAGUAGUAUGUAUUUUGCCGGUGUAACAACCUGUGCCAAGAACUUCACCGACAACAGAGGCCUUGCCCUAAGCUUGCCCAUCGCAGCUUUUGGGCUGAGCAGUUUGUGGCAAUCGCAGGUUGUUAGUCGGGUGUUCACGAAUAAGACUACUGGAGAGUUGGCGAUUCCCAGAAUCUUUCUGGCAUAUUCCACCUUCUUGGUGGUUAUCGGUAUUCUUGGUGCACUUGGAUUAAAGGUUAUUAAGAGUCGCGAGGAGAUCUCUAGAACUGGGGAGCGAGAAAGUCUCUUAGAGGGAGGGCAAAGCCCUGGCAGUCAGAGCUAUGGUACAACCGGGCAUGAAGCCGUGGACGAGGAGGUGUCAGGGGAACAUCCAUUUAUCAAUAAGGCAACACGGGAGUUUUUCACUGACAGCACAAUGUGGUUUUUUGCAGCUGGGGUGUUUCUGGUGACCGGUCCUGGUGAAGCCUUUAUCAAUAAUGCACGUCCCCCCCCCCCUUUAUGGACCCAAUGA